GUUGUUCAUGUAUCUUAGUGUUUGCGGUUUGAUACUAAAAUCUAAAUUCAAAUUUAAAAUUUGUUGGUCAUGAUGUUUGUAAUACUAUGAUUUGAGUAAUUACAAAAUUUCAUAUUUAACAUUGGUAAUUGGCAUGUCGUAACUUGUUCGUUUUUAAAGUUUUACAAAUAAAGUUACACAAUAAAUUUAUUUUACAAUGGAUCAAGACACGGCUAUGAAAUUAUAUCUGAAUGGUGCAACAGCUUUUUUCCUGGACGUCCCAUCUGGCAUGGAGUUCGGAAUUGAUAUGAUGUCUUGGGCGACUGGUGAUAAAUUUAAAGGAAUCAAAAUGAUACCUCCAGGUAUACAUUUUAUGUACUACAGGUAAUGUACGUUAAAUGAAUACAAAUUAAUACUUGGGAAAUUUGUAAUUUUAAAUUAUUUUCUUAUGUGUACAGUGCUACUGACAAGUAUGGAAAUACAGCUCCAAGAUGUGGUUUCUUUCACAGUUUUAAGAAAGGUGAAUGUUUGAUAAAAAAAUGGGAUAAGGACAAUGAAAUAUUGGUAGACGACAUACCCAAAGCAGAACUAAUACAAUACAAGACAAAUGUAUUGCAUUAUGAUAAUUGCUUGGGCCCAUAUCCAUACGAAGAACAAGCUAAAUGGAAUGGUUUGUCAUCACUGCUCACUGGUAUUUAAAAACUAAGGGAAAUAUACGGGAAUUAUUUUUGGACAUUAACAAUUGUCUGAAUUUUUUGUUCUAGAGAAUUUGAUAGAUAAAUUAUCUCCUGAAACAAAACUAAUCCAAUCUGCAAUGGAAUUAUUUCCAACGUCGACAAGAGAAAAUACUAAGAAAAGAAGAAAAUGGGGUCCAAUUAGAAGUGAGACUGAUGUUGGAUAUGAACAUUUGCCAAAAUUAGUACCAAAAGAAGAAAAUAAAAUAAGGUAAUUAAAUGAUAUAUAUUACAUUUUAAUUACAUAUAUUUACAUUAUUGUAUUGAUUCAGGUAUACUGAACCUCCCGAAUAUCAUUAUCCACCUGGGGCAUCACUUUCUGAAAUAACUAAAUAUUCACUUGAUACCUCGUACAUACUUCAUCAAAUGAUUGAAAAACAUGAUUGGUUGGUAAAUGGUCAUUAAUUAUUGUAUUAUAAUAUUAAAACACAUUGAUGGAUACUGCUGCUCUAGCAGUAAUAAGAAAAAUGUCUUAUUACAAUCACUCUGUUGUAGCAGUAAUAUUUUCAAUGGUAUCAAAUGAUAGAAGACAUUAGACUGCCACAUUAUGGCAGUUCACACUGUCAAUUUACUUAAAUUUUGGAUGUAUGUUUAGCACUACUGCUAUAACAGUAAAAAUGCCAUUAUUUAUCAAGUGCCCAUCGAUGUGUUAAGUACAUUUUUUUUUUUUUUUUAUAUUAACCAGUAAUUUUUAUUUAUUUUUUCAGUAAAAUAGAUUUAUUAGCUGAACUCCAAUUCUCUUAUAUUUGUUUUCUCCUUGGUUUAAGUUACGAAUCCUUUGAACGUUGGAAAAAGUUAUUUCAAUUAUUUUGUAUGAGUAAAGAUGCAGUUGAGGAAGAUCAAAAUUACUUUGCAAAAUUUUUUGUAGCAAUCCGUUUUCAGUUAGAAACUAUACCAGAGGACUUUUUGGUUGAUAUUGUCGAAAACAAUAAUGUUAUCUAUAAUGGAUUAAAAGAAUUAUUUAGAACAUUAGAAAUUAGUGACUUUUCAUUGGAGGACAAUCUCAAAGAUGGAACAAUUCAAAUAAAGAGAUAUUUGCUACAAAAGUUUGGUUGGGAAUUCAACAAAUUAGAUGAAGAAGAUGAAGAUGAAGCUCCUGUUAUUGUUGACUGUGAAGAAUAUUAAAUAUAAAUUAAAAUUAUACAUAUUUAAGAUCAUAUUUAGUAACAACAUGAAACCAAUUUUAAGUCAUUAAAAUUGUUUUAUAAUUAUUUAAUAUUAAAAAAAUAUUAACAUGAAUAAUGUGUCUUUGAUUAAUAUAGAAAAACAUUUUGACUGUAAGACGUCUAUUUGGCAUAAUCGAAUAAAACUAAAUUGUCCAAGGAAGCCCAAAAACUGUUGAUGUAA